UUAUUUCAGGUCAGGAGUGCUGAGCCAGAGGGUGAUUUCAUCCAGCAGUGCUCGGAAAGUUCUUCAUUAUCUCAGUCCUGGUGAUGCGUGAGUCACCAGAUCCCUGUCUUCAGGCCGUGGGUGUGUGUCGUCAAACUCAGUUCCUGGCUUUCAGAUGUGGUCCACGGUGCACAGUGUCCAACCUGCACAACAGGGGCCGCGAGCGGGGGCCCUGCUUCACCAUCGCGUGGAGCGGGUGUGUGCACCUGGCACCCCAGGCACCCCAGGCACCGCUGUGGCUGGCCACUUACCCCAGGCUGCGGAGAGCCUCGCGACUCAGGCAGGCCUGUCAGGUUAUGUUAAAUCCACUCCGUCCUCCUCCUCCUCCCCCUCCUGAGAACUGUCAUAGCUGGAGCCACCCGCGCGCCUGUUGGGAGACUCUCAUUUUGUCGUGUUGCGACCACAAGCCCACAUCUUUCGGGGGCCUGCUGGUCUCAAGCAUGCGACCAAUACACAAGGUGAUCUGUAUUUUGCUUGGUGGCAUUUCUUCGGUGGUGCUGAUUAACUCAGAAAGGAGUCCUCUAGUUGGAGCGGGGACAGCAUCCCUGGGUGGGCGGCUCUGGUCCUGCACAGUGUCAAUGAUGAGAGCUUCCAGGGAAAAGGAACUGAAGGAUGCCAUCCAGGGGAAGCACCACCUGAGACCCCACUAUGCAGGCCUUCCCGCACGGGGCUGGCAGCCUCACAAGGUGAAAACAGAGCAUGCCUGGCUCCAGCACGUGCUCGCCAUAGUGACCAGAGAACGCGAUUUGGCCGUGAAGGAGAAACGCCAGCUCCAAGCCAAGCUGGAGAACCUAGAACAGGUCCUAAAGCACAUGCGCGAGGCCGCGGAACGCCGGCAGCAGCUGGAGCUGGAGCAUGAGCAGGCCCUGGCCGUUCUCCACGCCAAACAGCAGGAGAUCGACCUGCUGCAGAAGGCUCAGGUUGAAGCUAAGAAGAAGCACGAAGGCGCCGUGCAGCUUCUAGAGAACGCCUUGGACAGCAUGCAGAGCAAGGUUCGGGAGCUGGAGGAGAAAUGCCGGACGCAGAGUGAGCAGUUCAGCCUGCUGUCGCAGGACCUGGAGAGGCUCCGGCAGCACGCCGGGAAGAUCGACCUGCUGGGAGUCGGCCCUGGCGUCUCCGUAGACGUCCCCACGCCAGGCAAGCCUUUCCCGCAAUUCAUGAACGGACUCAGCCCCUCCAUCGGCAAAGGUCAGGAGAGCACCGUCGGAAGCCGCACUGUGACCGGGGACUAUAUCCGGCCCCUCCCGCUCCCUGGUGACAAGCCGGAGCCUCUGCCCAUCAAGCCCACCUUUCUGUCGAGAUCCGCUAGCCCAAGAUGCAGAUUUGAAUCAGACAUGGCUAAUGAACACAGCUCCAGUUCCUCCAAGCAGCAGAGGCACUCGGGGAAAGUCCACCUGUGUGUUGCCCGCUACAGUUACAACCCCUUCGAUGGGCCGAAUGAGAACCCGGAAGCUGAGCUGCCCCUCACGGCGGGGAAGUACCUCUACGUGUACGGGGACAUGGACGAAGACGGCUUCUAUGAAGGCGAGCUCCUGGACGGGCAGAGGGGCUUGGUGCCCUCCAACUUUGUGGAUUUUGUCCAGGACAACGAGUCGCGGCCCGCAAGCACGCUGGGGAACGAGCAGGACCAGAAUCUCAUCAACCGUUCGGGCAUCGGCUCGGAGGGGGAGAACAUUCUGGACCUGCACGCCCCCACCCCCAUCGACGCCGGCGUCGCGGACGGCGGUGCGGAGACGCUGGGCGUGAGCGUCGACGACGUCGGAGAAGACAUCGUGCCUUACCCUAGGAAAAUCACCCUCAUCAAACAACUCGCCAGAAGUGUCAUUGUGGCCUGGGAGCCGCCGGCAGUGCCGCCGGGCUGGGGGACCGUGAGCAGCUACAGCGUGCUCGUGGACCAGGAGCCGCGCGUGAGCCUCACGCUGGGGAGCAGGACCAAGGCCCUCAUCGAGAAGCUCGACACGGCAGCCUGCACCUACCGCAUCUCCGUGCAGUGCGCCACCAGCAGGGGCCACUCGGACGAGCUGCGCUGCACGCUGCUGGUGGGCAAGGACGUGGCGGUGGCCCCCUCCCAGCUGAGGGUGGACAACAUCACCCAGAUCUCGGCCCAGCUCUCCUGGCUGCCCGCCAACAGCAACUACAGCCACGUCAUCUUCCUCAACGAGGAGGAGCUCGACGUGGUCCGGGCCGCGAGCUACACGUACCAGUUCUUCAACCUCAGGCCCAACGUGGCCUACAAGGUGAAGGUCCUGGCCAGGCCCCACCAGAUGCCGUGGCAGCUGCCCCUGGAGCAGCGGGAAAAGAAGGAGGCCUUCGUGGAGUUCUCCACGUUGCCGGCAGGCCCUCCGGCGCCCCCCCAAGAUGUCACCGUCCACGCUGGGCCCACCCCAGCAACCGUCCAGGUCUCCUGGAAGCCACCCACCCUGACGACUGCCGGGCUGUCCAACGGGGCGAACGUGACCGGCUACGGCGUGUACGCAAAAGGGCAGAGGGUGGCUGAGGUCAUCUCCCCCGUGGCGGACAGCGCGGCUGUGGAGCUGGUGCGGCUGCGGAGCCUGGAAGCCAAGGCCGUGACCGUGCGGACCCUCUCUGCACAGGGCGAGUCCGUGGACUCUGCCUUCGCUGCCAUUCCCCCCGACCUCCUGGUGCCUCCAACCCCCCACCCGAGAACUGCUCCCACACCGAAGCCAUUAGCAAGUGCCGGAGCCCCUGAUACCAAAGAGGAACACCCGGGUCCCCACAUCAUGGUGGACGAGGCCUGGGAGCAGAGCCGGGCACCGGCCCCCGCCCAUGGGCACAUGCUGGAGCCACCCAGCAUGCAGGGCUCGGGCCCGGGGCGGCGGUCGCCGUCGCCCAGCCGGAUCCUGCCACAGCCACAGGGCACCCCGGUCUCCACCUCCGUCGCCAAGGCCAUGGCCCGGGAAGCUGCACAGAGAGUGGCCGAGAGCAGCCGGUUAGAGAAAAGGAGCAUCUUCCUGGAGAGGGGUGGCAGUCUGUAUGUAAACUCAGACGAGGAGGACGGCUACGGCUCCCCGGAUGUCAAGAGGAGGGGCGCCUCGGUGGACGACUUCCUGAGAGGCUCGGAGCUUGGCAAGCAGCCGCACUGCUGCCACGGAGACGAGUACCACACGGAGAGUAGCCGGGGCUCCGACCUGUCCGACAUCAUGGAGGAGGACGAGGAGGAGCUCUGCUCCGAGACGCAGCUGGAGGACGGGGGCAGGAGGCGGCCUGGCGGCACAUCCCACAACGCCCUCAAGGAGUGCUUUCAGAGUAGCCGCACUGAAGGGGUCUUCCCGGAGCGCCCCGACCACCCCCAGCAGACCUACCACAGUAAGGGGCUGUUCAGUAUCCCUGAAGUAGCUGAGGACGGGGAGCAGCUGUGGUUCUUGCACAAGCAGGGCUUAGGGUACUCCGCCGGGGCCAGGGCCCGCGCCCGCAGCGGGGACGAGGCCCCCCCGGCGUCCUGGCGCCCAGCAAAACCCAGGGGCCCCGGGGUCGGCCCCCACGCCGAGGACUUCGUGCCGGAAGACAGAGGCUGCCGGUUCGGCCGCUCGGCCAGCAGGAGCCCGGACAGUGGCCUGGACUGUGGGAGCGACGAGGAGGAGCUGCACUUCAGCUUCCGGAACACGGCCAAGUGCAGCCCAGGCCCCGGGCACUGUCGCUGCAGGAGGAGCCUGAGGCCUCUGCUGGCCCGGCGACGGACGCUGACCCGGCAGAGCAGCAUCGAGGAGGACUUUGGGGAGCAAGCGGUCCCCGGUGACGCCCUCAGGAGCGAUGGCGCCCCCCCGAGCCCAGAGAGAGCCACCCCCAGGAGGUCUGGCUGGGAGGAGCCCCUGGCUCACCAAGGCUCGCGGGAUGUCUGCAAGAAAAGCGUAAAAGUGCCCGACAGUAGGGCCACUGGCCGCCAGGCACAGCCGCGUCCUGGGCCCGCAGAAGGCCCCUUGAUUUUAGGAAACCCGGUGUCUGCAGGACGGGCCGACAGGGCGGAUCACGCGGGCCGGAGGUUCCCCCACGGCAGUGCUGGCCCUCAGAGGUCGCGGCCAGUGAUGGUCCCAUCCAUCGAUGAAUACAGUGAGCGAGACCACCUUUCUCCAGACUUCUAUGAAGAGUCGGAAACAGACCCUGGUACAGAAGAGCUCCCAGCCCGAAUCUUUGUGGCUCUUUUUGACUAUGACCCCCUCACCAUGUCCCCAAAUCCGGAUGCUGCAGAAGAAGAGCUUCCUUUUAAAGAAGGACAGAUCAUCAAGGUGUAUGGGGACAAGGACGCCGACGGCUUUUACCGGGGGGAGACCUGUGCCCGGCUCGGCCUUAUUCCCUGCAACAUGGUCUCGGAGAUCCAAGCCGACGACGAGGAUAUGAUGGACCAACUUCUGAGGCAAGGGUUCCUUCCUCUGAACACGCCUGUGGAGAAAAUAGAGAGAAGCCGAAGAGGCGGCCGGCACCCGGGGGCGACUCGGAGGGUGGUGGCCCUGUAUGACUACGACCCCAGGGAAAGCUCACCGAACAUCGAUGUCGAGGCGGAGCUUACGUUUUGCACGGGAGACAUUAUUACCGUGUUCGGUGAAAUCGAUGAAGAUGGCUUCUAUUACGGGGAACUUAAUGGGCAGAAAGGCCUUGUCCCUUCCAACUUCCUGGAGGAAGUGCCUGACGACGUGGAGGUCUACCUUUCCGACGCGCCCUGUCACCACUCCCGAGACGCACCGCCGCGCUCCAAGGCCAAACGGAAGAAGAGUGUUCAUUUCACACCCUAAUCAGGCACUGUAGCCCUUCACGUAAGUGAGCAGCUGAAGAUACCUAUAAAGAUACCAACUUAAGCUACCUUACACGGACGAGUGCAGUAGACUUAAGGCUUCACUGUGGGGUUUAAAAAAAAAAAAAAAAAAAAAAGAAAUAUGUCUCAAAAACUCAUUGGACCUAAAACUUCAGGCCGUUACUGGCCUCAGUUGUAAAGCAACUGAAUCUGUAGUAGAAUAAUCAUCUUGAAAAAUCAUUUCCUACUGUCUCCAUUAAGAACAUUUCAAAGGCCAACAUUGGGAACAUAUUUCUUAACAGGCUAAUUGUUUGUUUACAUAGAGAAUGUUCCAAUGUCUCCUCAUAACUGAAGCUGCAUAUCGCAUCGUUAGCCCCCCUCGGAAAAAGCACAAGCUCACAACUCUGUUUACUCUAGGAGAUCUCACUCUCAAACACGCUAACUCGAGAUCAAGCAGAUGAGUAGUGGGCGUGCGGCCGCCUGGCGCUGGCUCCGAACACGCCCCGGGCCGGCUGGCGUGCCAGGCGAGCUUCGCUCGGGCCACCGUCCCUCUCUCUCGCGAGCGAGCCGAGGCUCCUCGCCAAAGCACAAACACGUGUUCCGAGCACACGGGCGGGGGCCGCAGUGCAGUACUGAACUUUGCGACACAUGCAGCUCCAAUGAUUGCCUCAGACGCAUAGAUGGUAUCUUCAGGUGUCCUUUGGGAUGCUUUACUAGGUGUUUUCCAUUGGAACGAGACCUUGAUUUUAAAUCCAAGCAAGCGUCAGGCCCUUGGCGCCUCUCGUGUGCCUGCUGGCUCCCGAACACCCGUGCUAGGCAGAGGUUGCGGCCGGGGAGGCGAGGGGUGCGGGGCGGAGGACCCGGGUCUCCGGCGCGUCGAGCGCGGGGACGGGGACGGGACGCACCGGGUGCCAGCGCGCGGAGGACCCGCGGGCACCGCGGGGCGCGCUGUGUUGGCAAAACCUCAUCUCCAGUCGCUUGGAAAUGAUGAAAGGCGACAAGGGCUCGACGCUUCCUUUGAUUGCAAUUGAGGUUCAUUUUAGUUUUUCUUUUCUUUCAACCGGUGUGCCGUCUGCUGUAGCCCACUAACCCCACACCCCCCGCCCGCCCCCCGGGGACGUCCCCGCCACGGUCCGCACUUCCAUAGCCGAGCCCCCGAAGCCCCCUUUCAGAGCAUUCGCUCGUACAAUGCCGAGGGGUCCUCGGCCACUUCCACUCAAAGCGGCACCCCCACCUCCCACGCUCCCGCAUUUGGUCUUGACUUACAAAGUAAAUUACUACCCAGCUUUGUUUUGCCGAAGCAACGGCCGCCCCCCAGCCCCAAAGACAAAGUGACGGCAAAGCAGCCGGUGGUGGCCAGGCCGUCCCCCUCGGGCCCGCUGCGGGGCCCCCUUUCCACCCCGAGGGAAGCCGCGGGCCGCCCCUUGU